AUGCGAGUCAUACUGCUGACACUUCUACUUGUGAUCCUUUUGUGGCCAAGGGGAUCCUGUCAGAUACGCAAAGCCAAAUGCCUCCUGACCCUGGAGGAAAAUGAUGUGGAGACACAAACUUAUUACAAGUCAGGAGAUUAUAUGAUUAGUGGCAUAAUAUCUGCAAUGCAGGCCAGGUUUCAUCCAUUAAGCUUUGAUAGAAGUCCCUCAACAAAAUUCUCACGAAAAACAUCCAAAUUUUAUUGGAAAUUCCUGCCCUUCCUCUUGGCUACCAAGGACCUCAACCAGAAUACCAAUUUCUUACCUAACAUCACCCUGGGUUAUAAUAUCUAUGAAAAUUUCUACAAGGUGGAAAUGACUACAGAUCCUUUGCUGGACCUGCUUUCAGACGGGGAGGCCAAUGUGCCCAACUACAGGUGUGGAAGACAGAGAAACACAGUGGCUGUUGUGGAAGAUGCCGAGACUGGCAUCUCCAUCCAGAUUUCCACCAUGCUGGGCACUUACAAAGUCCCUCAGAUCAGUUACAGUUUUGCUUCCCAGAUUCUGAGGGAUAAAACUCAGUUUCCUUUCUUUUAUCCCAUGUUUCCUGCUGAAGGCGUCCAAUACCCAGGAAUGGUCCAGCUUCUCCUCUAUUUCAAGUGGACCUUGGUUGGUCUCCUUGCUCCAGAAACUGACCAGGGGGAGAGGUUCAUGAGGACAAUGCCUUCUUUGAUGUUAAGGAAUGGCAUUUGUGCAGUUAUAUAUGAAAUCUUUACACUGAAUGUGGCUGAUGUAGUUUUGUCAUCAAAACAAUAUCGCAAGUGGCGAGGAGUCAAUGUCUUUGUUUAUGGCUCACAGUCUAAUUCAUUCGCUAACGGGAUGAUGAUUGUAGAAAUCAUACUGAAAACCUUUCAGGAACCUAUUAUAGAAAAGGUCUGGAUCACCACAGCUUAUUGGGAUCUGAAUCUUGUCCUGAUGUUUGGUAUCGUUUCCAUUAAAUACUUUGGCAGCUGUUUUUCCUUUCUGAUACCAAAAAGGAAACAGGUAAACUAUGAUACAGUUCCUACCCUUUAUUUAUUCCUACUUAACUUUGUGGAGAAAUCCUUUGCGUGUACAUCCGCUAAGGAUGGCUAUUCGGUAAAAAUCUGGAGACGGUGCAGACAGAGGGAAGAAGUGGUGGCUCUGACGAAAGAGGAGAUCGAUCAGAUCCUGGCUAUGGACAGCUACUUCAACUACAAUACCAUCUGGGCUGUGGGAAGAGCCUUAAAUUCAGCUUAUAUCUCCACAUCAAACAGAUCAAAGGGGAACAGGGGUAUAAAGCUUCACUCCUUCCUUCAAAGCUCUCAGUUUCACAAUAAUUCCAUGGAUGGGGUAUAUUUGGAUGAGAAAGGAGAUCUGACGGUUGACCUGGACAUUCUGAACUGGAUGGUUCUCCCCAACAGUUCUGUCAAGAGAGUAAAAUGUGGGAAUCUAGAAAAAGGGGCAUCCCGGGAUUUUAAAGUUCUCAUUGACCAAAAGGGUAUCGCCCAGGCGGAAAUGCUGAAACCCUUUCCUCCUUCCAGGUGUGUAGAAAGCUGUCAUCCUGGAUUCAUGAAGGUGGCUCAGGAAGGGAAGCCCAUCUGCUGCUAUGAUUGUCGUCCUUGUGCAGAAGGAACCAUCUCCACCAUAGAAGAUGCUGAAAAAUGCACCAGAUGUCCAGCACAUCAGCAUCCAAACAUCAACCGAGAUGUCUGUAUACCAAAGACUGAAACGUUCUUAUCGUAUCAAGAAAAUCUGGGGAUCAUCCUAGCUUCCCUUGCCUUGCUUCUUUCUUUGGUAACAGGUUUACUCUUGGGAAUCUUCAUUAAAUUCAAAGGAACUCCCAUAGUCAAAGCUAACAAUCGUGAUCUCUCCUAUGUUCUCCUAAUUGCCCUCCUGCUCUCCUUCUUGACCUCAUUCCUAUUCAUUGGCCAGCCAAGGACUGCUACAUGCCUUCUCCAACAAACAGCAUUCAGCAACAUUUUCUCAGUUGCUAUUUCCACUGUCCUGGCCAAAACAGUCAUGGUGGUGUUAGCAUUCUUAGCCACAAAACCAGGGAAUAAGAUGCAGAGAUGGCUAGGGAAGAGCUUGUCCAACUCCAUCAUCAUCUCUUGUUCUGGUGUCCAAAUUGUCCUUUGCAGCUUUUGGUUGGGCACCUCUCCUCCAUUUCCUGAUACUGACAUGCACUCACAAUCUGCGGAGAUCAUCCUGCAAUGUAAUGAUGGCUCCGUUGCCAUGUUCUAUCUUGCCCUUGGCUACAUGGGUUUGCUGGCUGUCAUCUGCUUCGUAGUGGCUUUUUUGGCCAGGAAUCUACCUGGGGCCUUCAAUGAAGCCAAGUUGAUCACCUUCAGCAUGCUGGUUUUCUGCAGUGUCUGGAUAUCCUUUGUUCCCACCUAUCUGAGCACCAAGGGGAAGUAUAUGGUGGCUGUGCAGGUCUUCUCCAUCUUGGCUUCAAGUACUGGCCUGCUAGGCUGCAUCUUCAUCCCCAAGUGCUACAUUAUCUUUUUAAGGCCAGACCUGAAUACAAAAGAACAUCUGAUGUCAAAAUAACAUUAAAUGUUUAUGUCUUUCCCCAAA